AUGCCCGCGCAGGAACUGGGUGUGCCUGCCUACAGGAAGUUUGACAUCGAGGCCUGGAUGCCAGGUGGUGGCACAAAUGGAGAGAUCUCCAGCGCCUCCAACUGCACAGACUACCAGAGCCGGCAGCUGAACAUCAUGUACUACAACAGGCAGGGGCAGUUCUGUUACGCACAUACGGUCAAUGGCACAGCCUGUGCCAUCCCCCGAAUGCUGAUUGCUAUUCUCGAGUCCAACCAACGCAAGGUUUGUUUCAGCACCUAA